AUGUCUACAACGGACGUUUCCUCUUCCACCGAGUCUGGUCACGUGGCUUGGGUUUUGGCAGCUACAUGUCUCGUUUGGAUAAUGACUCCGGGUGUAGGUUUAUUAUAUAGCGGUUUGGCUCGAAAAAAGCAUGCAUUGUCUUUAAUCAUGUUAUGUUUUUUAGCUAUUCCGAUUGUAUCCGUACAGUGGUUUAUAUGGGGCUAUAGUCUAGCAUUUAGCAGAACUGGUGGACCUUUUAUUGGUAAUCUACAGAAUGUCUUUUUUAUGAAUCUUCAAUGGGAUUCUGGUCCAACCAAUGCAAGUAAACAAGUUCCGGAAGUUUUAUUUGCAAUUUUUGAAUGUAUGUUUGCGGUUAUUACUCCAGCAUUAAUUAUUGGUGCGGUUGCUGAACGUGUAAGGCUAUUACCAACUGUUAUAUUCAUCUUCAUUUGGUCUACACUUGUUUACGACGUCAUAGCCGCAUGGUGUUGGUCUAAAAAUGGUUGGUUUGCAACUUUAGGCGGUCUUGAUUACGCAGGUGGUAUUCCAGUACAUAUAUCAUCUGGAGCUGCUGCUCUCGCUUUUUGUAUUGUCGUUGGAAGGCGCAAUAGACCUUCUAGUCCUCAUAACAUUGUUAAUGUAAUUCUUGGUACCGUAUUGUUAUGGUUCGGAUGGUUCGGCUUUAACGGUGGUUCUGCCGUAGCAGCCAAUAAGCGUGCUAUUAUGGCUUGUAUUGUAACAAAUCUUGCCGCUUCAUUUAGUGGACUUGCUUGGAUGUUCUUAGAUUAUUUUAAAUAUAAUAAAUUACGUGCUGUCAGCUUUUGUAGCGGAGCUGUUGCAGGAUUAGUUGCCAUAACCCCGGCAUCCGGUUACGUUGCUCCUUACGCUGCUGCUGUAUUUGGUAUAGUUAGUGGAGUUCUUUGUAAUCUUGCUGUUGCAAUGAAGAGAUUACUUGGUAAAUAUGAUGAUGCUAUGGACGUUUUUGCUAUUCAUGGUAUUGGUGGAUUUAUUGGAAAUAUUCUUACAGGUGUUUUUGCAGAUCAAAAUAUUGUCUCUCUUAAUGGUGACAACAUAAAUGGUGGUGCUGUCAAUGGCAACUUUAUUCAAAUAUUAAUACAAUUAUCAGGAAGUUGCUCAGGAAUGAUGUACUCUUUUUUGGUUACUUUAAUCAUACUUUAUAUUAUGAAUAUAAUUCCAGGACUUUCUUUACGGUUAGAUGGAGAAGAUGGAACAGACAUAAUUGAAAUGGGUGAACGUGCUUAUCGGUUUGAUGAGGAACCUGAAACUAGAAAUGCUAUCAUUGAAAAGGGUGAUGUGGAAAGUGUUGAUAUUGAAAGUGCUAACAAUGAAAAUGGCGAUGUAGAAAGGUCUGAUUCUGAAAGCACUAACAAUGAAGUUGUAUAA